GUUACAGCCUCCACUUGGAUAGGGGGUAGGGUGGCAUUAGGGAUGAAGCCAUGCUCUUUUCCUUUGUGUUCACUCGCUUGGCUGGAGGAGGAGAAGGAGAAGGAGGCGAACUCCCCCGCGCGGACUACUGGUAAACUUGCACGAGGGUUUGGUUUCCACCCAUAAUCCCUUUCUCUCGCCCUCCUGUCGGUGUUGACAAAGAGUCGAGCGGUACAGAGGGAUGCUCAUAAGGUAGCUUCAGUCUCAGCUAAAUCUGUCUCUUUAAAAACGGCCUGCUUUUCCUCGGGAGAAAGCGACACCGGUCAGCGCGCGCGGCGUGGCGACCCGUUGCGGUCGGUGCCGUGUGAGAACAAAGUCACCCGGAGACGCGGAUGAAGUGCGGUUAUGAUCAUCAACAGCGCUGAAGUAUUAACGCACAGAACCGCGGCCGCAGCCCGCUGGGCUCCCUGACGGUUUGGUGUGUAUAGAUAACGGUUAUACAGCCGUCACGCUGGACCUCAACGGAGAUCCGUCGUUCUCGCGGCGCCUCGCGGGGCCCAAACCGUGCAUGAAGCGCGAGAGCAUGGGCCGCUGCGACGGGAGGUGCACGCUGGUGGUCAUCUGCUCCUUGCAGCUGCUGGCUGUGCUGCAGAGGCAGGUGUUUGAUUUCCUGGGCUAUCAAUGGGCUCCCAUCUUGGCAAACUUUCUACACAUCCUGGCUGUCAUUCUGGGAGUGUUUGGUACGGUGCAGGUCCGCUCACGAUAUCUUAUACUGUAUGCAGUGUGGCUGGUGGUCUGGGUUGGUUGGAACGCUUUUAUUAUCUGUUUCUACCUGGAAGUGGGCCACCUGUCUCAGGAUCGAGAUUUCCUGAUGACAUUUAAUACCUCUUUACAUCGCUCCUGGUGGAUGGAGAAUGGGCCUGGUUGCUUAGUUACAACAGUGCCUGACUCCCCAUUGGCUCCACAAGACCAUCAUGUGAUCACGGUCAGUGGCUGCCUGCUGGACUACCAAUACAUAGAGGUGGUCAGCUCUGCCCUGCAAGUGUUCCUCGCACUUUUUGGCUUUGUAUACGCCUGCUACGUAAGCAAAGUCGUCCUAGAUGACGAGGACAGCUUUGAUUUCAUUGGCGGAUAUGGGUAUGGGUAUCAGCCACCACAAAAGAGUUCCCACCUACAGCUACAGCCUCUUUACACGUAGGGCUGGAUAGGAAGACUGGAUGCUCCCAAAGCAGAACUCUUCAGAGAUGCCAUCCAGUGCAUUGUGGGUUACAGUAUAUAGUUCUACAAAAUUGUCUGUGUUUCUGAAACUGUCUCCCUCUGCUGGCAGAAAAAUAAUAAACUGCAGCACAGACACUGUGCAUUCAGCGAGUCACUGUGAGAGAAAGGCUGUGGGUGAAAGCUUGUACUGCCACACUACGUAGUGUAUGUCUCUGUGUACUUAGGGGUUUCAAGUGCACAAACUAUUUAGCAAAUUUGAAAUGCAUAGCUAUGAUUUAUUCUUCAGAAUGCAGUUUCAAUUUCAAAGUUGAAAAACGGUGACUGCUCUGAUUAUGGCGUGCUUCCAUUGUAUGGUUUGAGUCCAUUUUUUUCCUCACUGACAUUUUUUUAGUGUUAAGUACAUACCAUAUUUUCUCUGAUCAGAAGACAGUGUACAUUUGCCCAUGGACUGUGGGGGAGGGACAAAAAGGCAGGCAAACCAGUAACUGACAAUGCCAUUGUUUUGACUAUUUGCCUAGGCAUUGUGGGGGAAGAUGUUAGGACUCAGAUCCUUUUGCCAUGUGUGCAUUUGUGUGUAUGUUUAGUGUUAUUUGCAAGGAGGACAACAUUUGACCCAGGUAACCUUUGAACUCUUUUUCUGAGCUGUUCCUUUGGCUCCUCUGUGUGUGUGUGUGUGUGUGUGUGUGUGUGUGUGUGUGUGAGUGAGAGAGAGAGAGAGAGAGAACAUUUUUUUUCUUUAUACUAUGACUUAAGCCAAUACAGUGUAAUGUUUUAGGUGAAAUUUUUAGAUUGGCUAGUUGUGUAGUUGGGGAAUGUCGUAGGAUUUUCUGCAUGUAAAUAUCAGAAAGAUUGUAGAGAGGAUGUACAUUACUGUGGCCCUCACUCCAAUGUGCAUAAGUGUGUGUAUGAGUGGACUAAAAGUAUGUUCUGGUCCACUCAAGAAUGAAUGUGAGUAGCCAUAAUUGUCUAUUUGUAAACCACUUUACACUGAAUAUAUCUAUAUAUUCAUGUACAUGGCUGGGACUGUGAGGGUGCGGGAGUUGUUGGAACAAAUAAACUCUUUUUAGAAUAUUC